UACAGAUGAAGAUAAUAAUAAAGGUGGUUUGACCGUGUAUAAGACUGCGAUUGCGGGUGGGGUUCGAUUUCCGUUAAUAAAGCUUCACAUUGACUGUGUGUGUGUGUACGAAAGCUCUGCAUCGAUUUUGCUUUCCUUAUGGUGUUUGUGCGAAACGAAAGAAAGAGCCCGAGCUGCGCCCUACGAAAGUGAGACCUAAAUUCGUAUUAGUAAUAAACAUAGAUCCACCCCUUCGGCCAUUUCUCUGCCUUGAUGGUAUAAAAGUCGGUCGGCAAACGCAGCAGAGAGACAACUGACACGCCCAAGGCAUCAAACAUCAGACCAGGACCGAGCGCCGACAUGCAGUCUGUCUGGAAUCCAACUGCAGCUUGGGGGAGAUAUACAGGAGCUGCAUCCAGCCAAUAUACCUUCGUUUUUUUUGACCUGGAAACAACUGGCUUGGAUGUCUCGCAGUGCGACAUUGUCCAGCUAUCUGCUGUCUGUGGUGACAGGACCUUCAACAAGUACGUGAUCCCAAGUCACAGCAUAACUGCGGGGGCGUCCAGGGUGACGGGUUUCACGGUGGAAGGCGACAGGCUCCUGCAACACGGGCAGCCCGUGUGGACUGUCCCCCUGGGACAAGCGCUCAUUGAGUUCCUCACUUUCCUGCGCGGGUUCCACAGACCCGUCCUGGUGGCACACAACGCGCUCGACUUCGACGCCCCCAUCCUCCUCCGCAACCUGAGCAGUUUCUCCCUCUGUAAUGAGCUGACGCGGAUCAUCGUAGGCUUCCUGGAUACCUUACGGCUCAGCAGAGACCUUCCGGAAUGCUCCGGGCUCACGAAGUUCUCGCAGGAAUACCUUGUUAAAUGGUUCCUGGGCAAGUCUUACAUGGCACAUGACGCUCUGGAAGAUUCCAAGCUCCUGCAGGAACUGUUCCGUGUUUGGAGUCCGAGCCAAAUGCUCUUAGACAAACACCUGUAUCCAAUAGAUCAGGUACGAUUCUAGCUUCCAGUUUCUAAAGCUAGGGGGUACCCAGGAGGAAUGUUUACAGGGUAGGGCAAUCCCCUAGUUAAGAAUACCCGACUUACGAACAACUCGUACUUACUAUUAUAAAUUCGGGUUAAAUAUAAUGAUUCAUAACAAACGCACGCAUUUCUUUGUAAUGCUCGUGAAAAUGUUGCGCGACUUCAGCGGUUCGUCGGCUCCAGUCACAAUACAGUACCGUACUUGGUUAUUUUUAUUAAUAAUAAUAAUAAUAAUAAUAUAGUAAUAUUUUAAUAUAGUGUUAUUUUUCCGACAUAUCUUCAAAUUCGGAACGGAACUCUGGUAACCUGG